GGAACUGGGAAAAAAAAGGGGCAGGAAGAAAGGACCUGCAACUGCUGCUAAACAUGAUUUCCAUCUUUGGUUUGUGCUGCAAACAGGAUACAGGAGCUUGACUGCUAGUCUCAGACCCACAUAACUUCUUUUUUGGGCUACGAAUGGAUAACCACAUAUUAGUCUAAUUUUACCCCCAAACUUGCAGGGACACUCUGGAUAUCAGCUAAUUCAUUCAUCACUUCAACAACUAUGUUGUGGAUUUUUCUACUGCAGCUCAUCAACAGUGUGAGAGGUUUAUCUGGAGCUGACCAUGAGACUCUGUGCACGUCUAACACCUGCUUCACCAUACAUAUGGACAGGGUGAGCUAUGCGCUGGCCCAACAGAACUGUACGCACAACGGAGGUUAUAUGAUGACGAUCAGAGACACAGAAGAAGAGAAUGUGCUGCGUUCGCUUCUCUCACAGAUCAAAGGACAACGUCAGGACAGGGUGCUGGAAUUUUGGAUUGGAUUAAAACUGAACAGAGGGAACUGUACGUUGGCUGACAAGACUCUCAGGGGCUUCAAGUGGGCAUCUGGGCAGGAAGAUUCCCAGUACUCCAACUGGGGAGAAGAACCUGUCUCCACCUGCACAGAGAGAUGUGUGAGGGUUAAUUACACGCUAGUGGGUCAGAAUCAACUGAAGUGGACAGCUGGAGCUUGCAAAAGCCUGGCUUUCUAUGCAUGUAAGUUUUACUUUAAGGGAAUGUGCAAACCUUUGGCUCUGAUGGGGUCUGGGGAAAUAACCUACACAGUGCCCUUCUCAGAAAGGCCAGCAAGAAGUGACAUGAAAUCAUUUCCAAAGGGAACUUAUGCUGAUAUUAUCUGCAGUGACCAAAAGCUUCACUACUCUGUGUGUACGGCGUCAAAGGACAUCUAUCGAUGGACAGUCCCUGGUCCAUUUUGCAAAACAGGAGAGCAGAAUUGCGCAAUCAAUAAUGGCGGAUGCAAAGAUUCAUGCCAUCAGGAUGGAGGGGAAGUUAAAUGUUUUUGCAGAGAAGGUUACGACCUGGAUGAGGAUGGACUCUCUUGCAGGAUAAAAGACCUGUGCAGCGUUGCUACAUGUGAGCAUCAGUGUGUGAUGGAGGAGUCUGGAUAUUCCUGCAAAUGUCCACAUGGGUUCAAACUGGAUGAAAACCAGCGCAACUGCUUUGACAUUGAUGAGUGUCAGUCACAAGCCUGUGAGGAUCAGUUGUGUGUAAAUACACCGGGAAGCUACACAUGCAAGUGUAAAGACGGCUAUGAAAUGGUUGAUGGUGAAUGCAUUGAUGUGGAUGAGUGCGCACACUCAAGAUGUGAGCACGGCUGCUUGAACAAUAUUGGAUCCUUUUCCUGUUACUGCAAUCAAGGUUUUACUUUAUCCCAGGAUGGCUUCUCCUGCCCGUGCCCAGGGGGCUUCCAUCUGGAGACUGAUGGAUCGGCCUGCGCUCCGGAUGGGUCCGAAACAUCAGCUACUCCAUCAGAUGACCCAGCUGAUGAGGGAACACACGAGAACCUCACCUGGUCCUUGACGAGAACCACAUUGGAGGUCCAGCACCAGUCCCCUCAUACUGACUCACCACUUCCAGACCUGGUGAACGUUACACACAUCGGUCAGCAGAGCAACGUGUCCCUGCCGCCAAGCUGGGUCAACUCAAGGCUCAUGGUCUGCGUCCUCGGCUCAGUCAUCCCUCUGCUCGUGCUCGUCACAGUGACAUUAGCUAUUGCAAUUUUUCGAUGCAGUCGCUCCAAAAAAGAAGCCAAGAACAAAACAACAACAGACGGUUACUGUUGGGUGUCAUCGGGUCUAGAUCCACGUCUAGAGAAACUAUACGAGUCCAUCUCCACUGAUGACCUAUGACCUCAUGAUUUCGGAGGAGACUGUCUGCAUUAUGUUUAUUUAUCUAAUUUAUGUCUUUGCACUUUCUGUAAGUUAGGCGGUGUGUUGUUUUAAUAUGAUUACAUAUCAAAUCACAAAUCAGAGUAAAAGAUAGAAAGACAGAGUAUAGAGAGGAAACAAGUUGGGUAAAAAGAAAAGUAUGAAAAACACGACAGAAAGUGUAAAUACAUGCAGGUUUUGCUAUAAAGGGGAUGUGAGGGGCUCUGUAUUACCAGACUGAAUGUAUGUAGAGAACUGAUGGAGUGGUUUGGCUGUUUCCUGUUUGUUUAAUAACAUGGUUAAAAUGUACAUAUGUUUUUAGGUCAGAGGACUUCAUUUAAUGCCAAGAUCAUUGUGUUCCUUUUGAAAUAUGUCUCAUCAUCAGCAGCCAUAUUUCCUGCUAUUUUACAUUGUUGAAUAAUGUGUGUACUGUGGUCCCCUCCUAGCCCAGCAACAGUGGCAAUAUUCAGAUGAUGGACACAGUAGGUUCCAGAUUAUUAAUUCAUAUCAUAAAGCAGUGGUGGGAGAAUCAAUCUGAUCUUUUACUAAAGGAAAAGCAGCAUCAAUUAAAAAAUAUUACAUUAUAAAUAAGAACAGAGGUAUGAGCAAGAAUUAUUAUAAGAAAUAAUAACAUUACAAUAAUAGGUUUGAUUUGUAUCAGACUUAACAAAUGACAAUGUGCCUCAAAAAAAGGUUAAAAAUCAAAUAAAGUUGAUAUGGAGAUGGUAUAUUUUAUUUUAUGUAAAAACACUUGUUCUCAUAUUUGCAGGAAUCCCCCUGUCAUCGUUAUAUCAUCAUAUGAUUGGCUAUUCUCACUAAAGCAUUAACAUUGAAGCGUUACAUUAAUGCUGUCGCUGGUUGAAGUGAUAUAAUACUAUUUAAUAGUAAAAUCUAUAAUUAGUAGUUUGUAGAUGUAAUGUUUCCAUUUCCAUCUGAAAUUUUGUGAAGAAUAAAGUGACAAAAUGAUGAAGUAAUUUGACUUACAUACUGCACUUAAGUAAAUACACAUUUACAUUUAUACACAAAGGCAAUCAAACACAUUUUACUUACAGAGGGGAGGUUGCACAGGUGAUUAUGUUGGUGUAAAAUGAAUAUGAUGUAAUGAUAAAUACACGCUGACUAUCAAA